CUAGCCUCUUCCUCAAACGAAAUUCAUCCUCCAUCGAUCUUUCAGGCACUUUGCAGGAGCACACAGUCUGCAAACAACUGGUGGCCAUGAGGAUCCUCUACCUGCUCUUCGCUGUCGUCUUCCUCCUCUUCCAGGCUGCUCCAGGUUCUGCAGAUCCUCUUUUUGCUGACACCGCAGAGUGUAGGAGCCAGGGAAAUUUCUGCCGUGCUGGGGCAUGCCCACCCACCUUCACCACCUCGGGGUCAUGCCACGGGGGGCUGAUGAAAUGCUGUUCCAAGUAA